UAUCUUUCCAGCAGAUGGCGCUAGAGCUAAAGUACAAAAGAAGAAGAAGAGGAAAGGGAUAGCUGCAGGAAAGUGGCAUAAAUAAAGAUUAAAAUGGACAACCGUUUUACUAAAGGAAAGUCCACCAUCCUGGAGCGUCCGUUGACCCGGCCUAAGACAGAAGUGAGCGUGAGCGCGUUCGCCCUGCUCUUCUCUGAGAUGGUGCAGUACUGUCAGAGCCGCGUGUACUCGGUCACAGAGCUGCAGUCUCGACUUUCUGAGAUGGGCCAGAGUGUGGGGGCCAGUCUGCUGGAUGUGCUGGUGCUCAGAGAGAAGAACGGCAAGAGGGAGACCAAAGUGCUUAACAUGCUGCUGUUCAUUAAGGUGAAUGUGUGGAAAUCCCUGUUUGGAAAAGAAGCCGAUAAGCUGGAGCAAGCCAAUGAUGAUGACAAGACUUAUUAUAUUAUAGAGAAGGAUCCUCUGAUUAACGCCUACAUAUCUGUGCCUAAGGAGAACAGCAGCCUCAACUGUGCAUCCUUCACGGCGGGGAUUUUGGAGGCUAUUCUCACACACAGCGGCUUCCCUGCCAAAGUCACUGCUCACUGGCACAAAGGCACCACACUCAUGAUCAAGUUCAAUGAAUCGGUCAUAGCCAGGGACAAGGCGCUGGAUGGACGAUGAUCAAAUGUAAUGCCGCUCAUUUCAGGACUCAUUUCUAGGUUUAUUUAUUUCAAAUCAUGUUUUUUUUUUUUUUUUACAAAGUGUCCAGUAUUGGAAGUAUGUGACUGCAUUACAAGUACUGUAUUACCAAAUUCUUUUCCAGUAUUGUAGUUCCAGUUCAGCCCUUUGACCAUAGAAAAACAGUGUGUGUGGGUGAAUAUGCACUGUACUAUCGAGACAAGUGCAGGAGCCAAUGUACAACAAGCACGUAUAUAAUCUUAAAUGUUACAGUUGUUGUAAUAGGUUCAGAAUGUCCUUCCUUUUUAUUGCUGAAUCAUGAAACAAAAUGUCUGACUCCUACAAAAUAAUAAAUGGAUGUCUUGAUUUGAUAGCCUACAGUUCUUUGUUAGCUAAAGCAAUAUAUGAGAAAGUGACACAUUGUAAAAUUAUUAACUAUGUGACAGACAUUUUAUUGCGUGUUUGUUUCAUUUUUUUUUUUUUUUAUCUUACUCGUGAGUUGCGAUGUCAAUGUCAGUUUCCUUUAUAAUUAAAAAUACACCUUUCAUAAAAAAAAAAAA